AUGGCCGCUAUCAGGGUUUCCCUGCUCCUGGUCUCCCUCGGGAUGCUGUCGCCCGCCCACGGCUUCUGGUUCACCACCUCGCGAGCAAAAUCACAGGCGCCCCAGUGGUUCGGCAUCCGCGACUACGGCGCCGCGGCCCAGUCCGCCUACAGCUACGACACCAGCGGAGGGGUGACCGUCGCAGUGCCCGUCGCCGUGCCCCUGUCGCCGCAGAGCGUCCAGAUGUCGCCGCCGUACCCGGGCCUCGGCGCCGUGGAGCUGGUGCCGUGCCUCUGCCCGAUCGCCAAGAACCCCGAGUCCAUCAAGCCCCUGCCCGUCAACGCGGCGCCUGCACCGCCAGUGCCCGUCGCCAUGCCGCCCAUGCAGCCCAUGCAGCAAAAUCACCAUCAUCAUCAACAACAUGAAAAAGCUGAAGAACACUGA